AUGUCUUCCAUACAGCUUAGUGGACUUAGCUUUCCAUAUUCAGCAUAUGUGCCUAAGCAAUAUAUAGAGCCAGGUGGAUCUAGAGUGCCACAUUCAUCACCCAUACAUUAUACGCAUGAGGAGCAGGAUGAUCAUGGAGAUACUUGUGCUCAUGAGGAGCGAAGGAGGGCGUGUGUGAUGAGAAAUGCGCUGCAAACAAUUAGGAAACAUCUCGGUAGAUUUAUCAUUGAGUCUGUAGGAGGAUCUCUUGUGUUGGCACAUCCUGCAGCAACGAGCAUGACAAAAGUUAUUAUAAAAAUGUAUAAAAAAAUAUGGCCAACUUAUGGAGCACUUUCUGAUGAAGACAAGAAAAUUUGGUUUGAGUUAUUUUAA